ACUUUUUCUUCUGGAUAAUUGCAGAAGUCUCUGUAACUCUCGGAGAAAUCUUCUAUGCCAUCCUAUAUAUAUGUGUACACCCCAGCCUGAUUAGAUAGAAUCGUCUGAAGCAACCAAAGCAAAAAUACCUCACUCAAAUCCUUCAAAUUUGAUACCCAGCAUCCAAUGGCUCUCAGUCUCUUUGGCAACGGCCGACGAAGCAGCGACUUCGACCCCUUCUCUCUCGACAUCUGGGACCCGUUUGAGGGCUUGGGCACUCUGGCCAACUUCCCCUCCUCCGCCCGUGAAACCACCGCCAUAGCCAACACCCGCAUCGACUGGAAGGAGACCCCGGAGGCCCACAUCUUCAAGGCGGACCUCCCGGGGAUCAAAAAGGAGGAGGUGAAAGUGGAGGUGGAGGACGGGAGGGUCCUGCAGAUCAGCGGCGAGAGGAGCAGGGAGCAGGAGGAUCAGAACGACAAGUGGCACAGGGUGGAGAGGAGCAGCGGCAAGUUCGUAAGGAGGUUCAGGCUGCCGGAGAACGCGAAGAUUGAUCAGGUGAAGGCGGCGAUGGAGAAUGGGGUGCUGACUGUGACUGUGCCGAAAGAGGAGGAGAAGAAGCCCGAGGUCAAGGCCAUUGAAAUCUCCGGCUAAACUAAACUCGCAUAUGUUAAACCUCGGCUACUUUUGGGCUUAAUGUCGUGAUUAAGUGAAAUAAUCAUGGUUUGUUUUUUGUUGUGGUGUUAGUUACUGGGUUUUGUAUUUCCGAGUUUGUGUGUGUCAAACUUAAUGUAUGGGUUCUUCCUCUAAAAUAUUAUAUACCUUCAUCAAAA